AUCUCGUGGAUGGGGAUUGCUCUGACGCUAGCUAUUGCGAUCAAUCUUAUUUGGUCUGUGAGACUUGCAUUCCUUGUGAAAGUCUAUUAAAUCGUGCCUCGGGAGUGCACACCUGCGCCACAUCACAGGAAGAAUGUGGUUCUUGUCUUUCAGGAUAUCAAUCGGAAGAUUUGACAGAUCAGAGGUGCUCUUACAAGUUUAUCGUUAUUGAAUGAACAAGCGGAAGUUCCAUCUAAUUCAUCUUCCAUAAUAUCCUGGAAUGAGUUCAUUACUCUGUCAUCCGCAAUAGUCGUGCUUGCAGCUGUUGUGGUCGCUUUCGCUACUUACUACUUGAAAAGUCGUGGUGCUACGCCAAGAGAGCAAUUUAGUGAAGGAAUUCGGGAAAGAGUGUCUUCAAAAGAUGGCGGCCCUCCAUCUUACAUCAGUCAAGCGCUGUCGUCGGAUGAGACCUACACGUUUAUUACGCUGGAGCCAUCCGAACAACUAAACCAAGCUACACCGCUCGGUCGCUACCACAUGAGCAUGAGAGAAGAUGAUUUGGAUCCUGAUGACCUUGACUUCGAUCGAGGAAUGCGCUCCGAAGGAGAAUCGACUGUGGGAUCUACGGAAACUAUUCCGUCCUUGUGGGAACCUGCUUUGACGCCCGACUCCGACAGUGUGCCCGUCCCGAGUCAGCCGAAUAAUCCUGGCUUGACACGAAGCCAAUCGUUAACCACUCUAAACGCUCUACGUGAUUCUCCCUCACGAUCCUGUCCUAAUCUAUUCACUGCGAUUCAGUCUGGAAUCCAUCGUCACCGACACGUGUUUCUCUCCAACUACAGGCGCUUGCCAACAAACCAAGGACAAGUAACCAAAAAAGAAGACGAACUCCGUUUGGAAUUCAGUGAACCACUUCCUCCUCAUUCUUUCACUUUCGAUGAAGCCCAACAACCACGAGAAGUGAGCAUCGUUAGUCGAGGACGUAUUCUUCUCAGAUCGAUCUCUGCCCCGGAAGAAAACGCGGGAUCGCAAGAUACGCUCGUUGUCGAUCCUGCUGCAUUCACGUCAUUUUCAAGAAGACGACCUCUCGUGAGUGAAGAUGUGACCAGCAAUAAACGUCGGCGAAGGGAAUGAUUUAUUUCCUUUAAAAAAUAUUUGUUCAAUUUGGCAUUGGUUCCUGAAAAAAAUGUCCCCAUUAUUUUGUUAGAAAUGACGCAUAUUUAAGUUUAUAGACGCAAUGUGACCGAGAAUAUAUGAAUGACGAAAAACUCAA